GGUGUUGCCUCUGUGUUGUGCUUAAGUGGUACUGUUCCUUUUGGGAAUGUGGUAUUAUUCUGUUUUAUCUUACAGAAAUUAAGGUAAGAGGGAUGGUAUGGUUUUGUGACUAUUUGUGGUAGCUCUUCAGUAGGAAAAGUCACUUUUCAACCUAGAGCGCCUUUUUUGUAGACCACAUGGAGAGGGCAGAGAGAAAAAAGGAUUAGGUUUUGGAUGAAACGGUCUAUUUGUGUAUUGGUUAUGGUCAAGCGUAACCUAACACCAUAAUCACAUUCUCCUUCUGUGCCUGGCUACUUAAACCAGCCUGUAUGUGAAUGUUAACCCCAAAGACUCCUUUAGUUGAUGAACUAGUUACUAUAAAAAGUAUUUCACUUUGAAAAACUCCCACAUUUCAAGAACAGAGAAAUUCAGCACAAAGGUGAUUUUGAAGUUUCCCUGGAACCUGGGCUCCCCGAGACGCAGCACUGGAGCAGAUGGAUAAUGGAGACUGGGGCUAUAUGAUGACUGACCCAGUCACGUUAAAUGUAGGUGGACACUUGUACACGACGUCUCUCACCACAUUGACGCGUUACCCGGAUUCCAUGCUUGGAGCCAUGUUUGGGGGGGACUUCCCCACAGCUCGAGACCCUCAAGGCAAUUACUUCAUUGAUCGAGAUGGACCUCUUUUCCGAUAUGUCCUCAACUUCUUAAGAACUUCAGAGCUGACCUUGCCCCUGGAUUUUAAGGAAUUUGAUCUGCUUCGGAAAGAGGCAGACUUUUAUCAGAUUGAGCCCUUGAUUCAGUGUCUCAAUGACCCCAAGCCUUUGUAUCCCGUGGAUACUUUUGAAGAAGUCGUGGAGUUAUCUAGUACCCGGAAGCUUUCUAAGUACUCCAAUCCGGUAGCUGUCAUCAUAACCCAGUUAACCAUUACCACCAAGGUCCAUUCCUUACUAGAAGGCAUAUCAAACUAUUUUACCAAGUGGAAUAAGCACAUGAUGGACACCAGAGAUUGCCAGGUGUCCUUCACUUUUGGACCCUGUGAUUAUCACCAGGAAGUCUCUCUCCGAGUCCACCUGAUGGAGUACAUCACAAAGCAGGGUUUCACGAUCCGCAACACCCGAGUGCACCACAUGAGUGAGCGGGCCAACGAGAACACGGUGGAGCACAACUGGACUUUCUGCAGGCUGGCCCGGAAGACAGACGACUGACCUCCCGCCCGGGCGAGGCUCCUGGAAGCGGACUUCCCAGGACGUCCAAGAGGCUGACCUUCUUUUUCUUUUUUUAAUCACAGUGUGAGAUUUUUUUUUUUUAAAUAUUUGUAUUUAUUUGAAGGCAUUGGGGACCAGAAGGAAGAUUUGUGCUUAGCAGACUCCUCUAUAUUUUGUUCCCUUCACCCCAAGUGUGCAUGUGCCUCUUCCGAGCCUCCAAAUACCUUUUUUUUUUUAAUACAAAGAAGUCUGAAAAUCAUUAUGGUCUAUAAUGUACCCUUAACAAAGCUUUUUUUUUUU